AUGGAACCCGCUAUCAAUGUUCUGCUGGACUCCUUUCCCGGCUUAUCACUUCCUCCUACCGUCUGCCUACCCUUGCCGGCCUCGUCCACCACGGCAGAGCUACUUGCCUCUAUUGCGAGCCUGCUCCCAUCAAGUCUUCCGGAGAACACCCGCCUCAUCCUUACCUCAACCUCAAACUGCCCCAUCUAUGCAUCCUCGUCGAUAACGCUUGCUGACCUGUGUCUCUCUCCCCCAUGUCUGCCGACCCCAGAUGGCUCAAUUUUGCCGCUUCGGCUCUCUGUCCCGCUAGUUGGUGGCAAGGGUGGGUUUGGCUCACAGCUCCGGGCGGCUGGCGGCCGCAUGUCCUCACGCAAGAAGAAACAAAAUGCAGAACUUGCUACUGGCAGUGCCCGCAAUCUAGAUGGACGGAGAUUGCGAACAAUUACGGAGGCUAAAAAUCUAGCCACCUAUUUGGCAACUAAGCCCGAGAUGGACCGGAAAGAAAAGGAGGAAAGACGCAAGAGAUGGGAACAAAUCAUUGAACUGGCCGAGCAGAGAGAAGCUGACAUGCGUGCUGGAAAAGGUCCCGAUGGUCGACGGAAAGGGUUAAGCGAUGAAUGGGUGGAGGAGAAGGAAGAUAUUGGGGAGAACGUCAGGAACGCUGUCAAGAUGGCCAUGCAGAUUGAUCAAGAAAGUGAAGGGGCCACGGAGUCUCCCACACAAGAUGACGAAAGCAGUGGCAGUGUAGGAUCUUUUCCUGGCAGUGAUGACAGUGACGCAGACGAUGUGAUGGAGCUGGACCAAAACGAGAUGUCUCGGCUCAGGGCCGAGGCCGAGGCAGGGGAUACAGACGCGAUCUGGGUUCUUGAGAAUCGGCUCAAGAUACCUUCGCAUCUGCUCCCGAAGCCCAAGCAACCAGUCCGGCGUUUUGCAGGGUUCGACGACGAAGAUGAGAUUUCCUCCAGUGACGAAGAGGAUGAAGCGGAAGAGUCAGAGACUGUGGACGGCAAAGGCAAGCAAAGGGCCUCCAGGUAG